AUGCCAUACUAUUGUCCAUACUGCAAGACAUCGCUUACACACGACUCCUUCAGUGUGAGAAAGUCGCAUCGACAUGGACAAAAGCACGUACGAUUGCGUGAGGAGUACUAUCAACGAGUGAUAGCGGAGCAUCCAGAGAGUGUGACAUUAGAACAGGAACUUGCGUCUGUGAAUCCUCUUGAGAGGAUAUUUGCAGGGAUGCCGGGGUCACAGAAACAAUAUUUUGAGCAGGACACACAAAAGAGGGUGUUGACGGUACCGCCCACAAGUGCAAGUCUGCCUGCACCACCGCCGUAUGUGUACUUCACGUUGGAUGCCGUUGCUGUACCUGAGAAGCGUGUCAAUAUAGAACGGCGAGACGAUGAAGGCCAUGGACACGGGUACGGGUUUGGAAGACGUGGGUACCGAGGCCGUGGAGGAUCACAUGGACAAGGACGAGGCCAUUUACGAGGCCGUGGACGUGGAAGUGGACGUGGAAGUGGAAGUGAUGGUGGACGUGGUGGACGUGGUGGACGUGGUGGACGUGGUGGACGUGGCUAUGGGGGUAGUUAUGGGGGCAGUUACGGAGGUGGAGAGGGGAACGGACGGCCAUACAGUUCCCAUGGCACUGGGUAUAACAAUGGUAAUGCCAAUGCCAAUUAUGGAUACCACAGCCAUAGUCGUAGCUACCACGACCAGGGCCAACGAAGGGGGGACGCAACGUUUGGUAGGUAG